UCAAUUCAUUGAAUUCAUAAUAAUUACUGUAAAUGUGUUUCAAUAUAAUCACAAAUCCAUUGAUUUAAAUUUUAUUGACAUUUAGUACCCAUUGAUUGGAUCAGACAAUCGGUGAUAAUGUACUUCGAGUUCGAGUCCACGUCGUCCACCACCGAGUCGUCGCCAAUGAUGUCUUCACCGCCGACGAGUCCACUGAUGGGCCCGUCCGGUGGUCUCACGCGAAGACACCGCCGACUGUCGAGUUCGUCGCAAUCGCUUCGGGAUCUGAUAGACGCCGAGAAUGUCUUGGAGAACAUCACACCAUCUCAUUGUGACCUCUAUCUCAUCACUCGCAAGAAGUUGUCGCAAAUGAGCGCCAAUCAGAUCAAACAGAGCCACGACUUGCGGCGCGAAGUGCUGCUCACAUCCAUCCACCGCACCAUCACAUCCAAGUCGCCGCCCAAUCACUCCUCCACUCAAAGCCAUUCCUCGUUCAACGAGUUGUCCAUCGCGUCCUCCACUGCCGACACACCGAUGUCCACAACCAGCGCAUCGCCUCAGGCAGCCCUCAGAGACGAUCAGUCGCUGCUCAACGACUCGACACACUUCGGCCCUUCAGUACAACAAAUGUCCGCUAAUUGUGACCAAAUGUCCGCUAAUUGUGACCAACAAUUCAAAUUCGGUUCCCAUUCGGGCACCACAUCUACAUCGACCACAACGAUGGCAAACAUGACGAGUAGUGUCACCCGAAUGACUACCACAUCCAACACGACGUCCACGCCAUCAGUCAUUAAGAAGCGAAAUCUGUCGCCAAAUCCUGUUCCCAGCGGUGACUACGAGGAAGAGUGGAAGACAACGAUAAAGCGUCUGAAAGUAGUUCAUGGCGUAGACGUCAAUGCCUUCGACGUGUCCAUGGACUCCGAGUUUGAUUCCGGUUAUUGUGAUACCCUCGACGACUUAACCAAUAACUUUCAUAGCCUUAAGACUCCUUUCACUUGAAAUUAAGGUUAAGUUUAUUGAAAUGACGUUCAGAUUAACAAAAACACACUUUUGAAUACAAUUGAUUACAAUUGAAUGCCUUUCAUCGAG